UUUUUGGGAAGUCUUUAAGAGAUUGCAAAGAUCUUGUUAUAACAAAUGAGGAUAAAAAUAUUGUUUGUGAACUGCUAUCAAAAAUGAGUGGUGCUUUCAUGUCACACAAUGAGAGAAUAAAUGCAUUCCAAGAGUGGGCUAUAAAAUUUAUCAAUUAUGAUACAACCUCCUAUAAAUUUAGUAAUGAACAAUCAAUUGAUGGGGUAUGGUGGAAGGAAUACAAUGGAAAAACUAUUUUAUUAACCAUCUUUGAAUUCAAAAAUGAAUUUUCAUCAGCUGAUCCUUACAUACAAGCAUGUACAUACUAUUCUAGAUAUUUUGAAGAGUUACAUGACAAAAAUUCAUAUAUUCUUCAGCAAACUU